AUGGGACAGAUGUUUCGGGAAUACAUCGUCAAGAGGAUUAAUAUCCAGAGGAGGAGGAUCGUCUCUCAUGUAGAUGUCAACCUCUGCUUCUGGAUAAUCAGUGCGUCAUCUCCUCAGAUCGCCGUGCAUCGCAUCUUCUCCCUGAUAACAUGGAGGGCAGAGUUUGUUGCCCUUCAUCACUCGAAGCUUCAAAAACGAAAACUACGGAUAUUUAUCUCCAACACCUUCAACCCUGCCAAACCGGAUGCAGAGGACGGCGAAGGAACCGUUGCAUCUUGGGAGCUGCGUGUGGAGGGACGACUUCUUGAAGACACUGCUGUGUCCAAGUAUGAAGCCACCAAGCAGAAGAGGAAGUUUUCUUCUUUUUUCAAGUCUUUAGUGAUCGAGUUGGACAAAGACUUAUAUGGACCUGACAAUCAUUUGGUGGAGUGGCACCGAACAGCCACGACUCAAGAGACCGAUGGAUUUCAGGUGAAGAGGCCUGGAGAUGUUGGCGUCCGCUGUACUGUACUCCUCAUGCUGGAUUACCAGCCUCCUCAGUUUAAGUUGGACCCCAGACUUGCCCGGUUGUUGGGGAUCCACACUCAAACGCGGCCCGUGAUCAUCCAGGCUCUGUGGCAGUACGUCAAGACCCACAAACUCCAGGACCCUCAUGAACGAGAGUUCAUUAACUGUGAUAAAUACCUCCAACAGAUUUUUGAAACCCAGAGGAUGAAGUUUUCUGAGAUUCCUCAACGGCUGCAUGCACUACUGAUGCCCCCCGAGCCAAUCAUCAUCAACCAUGUCAUAAGCGUGGACCCCAAUGACCAGAAGAAGACGGCGUGCUAUGAUAUAGACGUGGAGGUAGAUGACACCCUGAAGACUCAGAUGAACUCUUUCCUGCUUUCCACAGCCAGUCAGCAAGAGAUUGCAGGCCUCGACAACAAGAUUCAUGAGACCAUCGAAACCAUUAACCACCUGAAGACUCAAAGGGAGUUCAUGUUGAGCUUCGCAAGAGACCCGCAGGGCUUCAUCAACGACUGGCUCCAGUCACAAUGCCGAGACUUGAAGACCAUGACAGAUGUGGUUGGAAACCCGGAGGAGGAGAGGAGAGCCGAGUUCUACUACCAGCCCUGGGCUCAGGAAGCUGUGUGCCGAUAUUUCUAUUCAAAGGUUCAGCAAAGGAGACAGGAGCUGGAACAGGCUCUUGGCAUUCGAAACACAUAAGCAAGCUCCCGGCCGUCACGACACAGUACCAAUUGGUUCUCUGGGCAGCAAAUGUCCUACUGCUCUGUGCUCCAGACGCUGAUCACUACAGUUAUAUUACAGUUUAUCUUGUGCUGUCCUGCUGUAGCUGCCCAGAAAAACAACCCAUUGUCUGCUGUCAUCCUUAUUUUGACCUCCUUAUUUCAAGGUUCCCGUGUGACUGAACAUUCGUCAAGGUGAUUUUGCAAUGCUGUCACUUUGGAAAAUGCGGUUUUCCGACCAAACUGACAGGCUUCGUUGGAUAAUUUAAUUCCAAGUCGCAAGAAUGCUCUUGGACGUGCUAAUGUUUGAGCCCAUUCGCUGCUUUCCAUAUUAACCAAUCAGUUGGAGGGGUCAUUGUUUAUUUUUAAAGUUAUUGAUAUUGUCUUUGAUAUUUUAAUGUUCUCAUAAUAUGAACUUUAUGAAGAUCUAGUCUAGUUAAGCAUAGAUGGCGGAUAAUGACGUAGUUUAGUACCUCAGCUCUUGUGAAGAUGAAUUAUUUGGAGGAAGUUCCUCAGACAAGUCUGUUGGCGUUUAAAGCAAGCUUACUGGUUAACGUUUUCUGCAACUAUCAGUAAAUAAGAGUUUUUUUCCACGUCCUCCGUUCAAUAGUGGUUUUAGAUCCACUCGAUUAGAUGUAUUGUCAAUCGACCUGGUUGAUUAUAGAUCUUUUGGUCACAAGCUUCGCCCUCGACUAAAGUAAUUCCAAUCUAACCUUGCUGUGAUAUGUAUUGAUACAUUUAGAGAAUUGUCUUUAUAGUUUUUUGGUUUAUUUGAUUAAUUAUCUUCAUUAAAGUCAACUUGUAGCUCUGAAAGGAGGACAACGUGAAACCCACAAAAUGUCUGGGAAGACGGACAAGUCUUUUAAUAUUUUAUAGAUGCGCUGCAGAGAGGCCAUGGGUUCUUCCACUCAAGUAAUUCAAAACGUUUCGAAGUCAAGUGCUAAAAACAUUCUGGGUAGUUUAAGUUUUACCUAUAUUUUGUUGGUUUCCUAAAGUCAUGCAUUUGCUUUGAUUUUUAUAUUUUACAAUCUUGUUUUUCUUUAUUUUCUUUAAUGGACCAAAUGUUGUAUUUCUCUGUUAGCCCUUGUGUUAUAAUAAAGAUAAUCUUGUAUCGAUGCAGAA